AUGAAGUUGAUUCUUGAUUUAUAUUCUGCGGCCUCGGGACAGAAAAUUAAUUAUGACAAAUCUGCCAUCUGUUUUAGCUCUAACGUGGGGGAGCCGGUUCGUGAAGAGGUGAUACAUACAUUGGGACUUGAAAGGACGGAAGAUGAGAGUGCAUUACACCUAUUUGCACAGUGCCAUGAAGCAAGAAGAGCGUAUGAUGUUGUUGGUUUAUCUGUGCCGCAUGCUAUUGGUAAUGUGUUUACUGACUGGUUUUUUAGUUGUUUUGAUGCCCUUACUGAUGAAAUGAUACCAAAAUUUAUUAUGAUAUGUUGGGGUAUUUGGUCCAGUCGAAAUGCAUGUGUGUGGAAUGGCGAGAAUUUUGAUCUCCUCUUGAUGGCACGCCAAGCUCUAUUAUUUCUGGAUAAUUGGCUUGCUGUUGUGGACUCUAGUACUAUGCCUACACCUACGUCAUCUGCAAUUCGGUGGGAACCUCCACAUUAUGGGAGGUUGAAGCUAAAUACUGAUGCUGCUCUAGAUGGUAACAAUGGUAUUAUGGGCUUUGGAUGGGUGUUGAGGGAUCAUAAUGGCAUAUUUCUGGCUGCAAAGAAUAUGUGCAUGCAUGGCUUAUAUGGAGUGAAGGAGGCUGAAGCAACUAGUAUGAGAGAAGCUCUGAGCUGGUUGAAGGAUACGGGGAUGGGGGACGUUGACGUGGAAACAGACUCUCAACUAGUUUUUAAAGCUAUUUUUAGUCCUACUUUUAAUUCUGCUUUUGGUUUAAUAAUAGGGGAUAUAAAGGAAUUAGCAUCCUCAUUAGGUGGUGUUGAUUUUCGUUUUGUGAAGCGAUCUGCGAAUCGUGCCGCCCACAUUGUUGCUAGGGAGGCCGUUUCUGAGUCAGGUUGCGGGGAGUGGUUCGAUAACCCUCAUAUUUUUCUUGGUGAUUGCCUCGUUGAUGAUUUAAUGAACUAA